AUGAGCGGCUCUUUCUGCCGUCUGCCUGCCGCUCUCCGGCAGCUGGCGGCGUCGCGGCCGCUGCUUUUCGUCAGGCGGCCGCUGAGCCAGGCCGGGGAUGGCGGCGGUUCUUCGAGCUCCGGGUCGAAGGAGGCGGAGGAGGUGGGGAAGCUGGUGCGCGCCCACCCGGUGGUGGUCUUCAUGAAGGGCACGCCGGCCCAGCCCCAGUGCGGCUUCAGCAACGCCGUGGUGCAGAUCCUGCGCCUGCACGGCGUCACCGACUACCGCGCCUACGACGUCCUCCAGGACCACGACCUACGGCAAGGAAUUAAAAACUAUUCCAACUGGCCUACUAUCCCUCAAGUCUUUCUCAAUGGUGAAUUUGUGGGAGGCUGUGACAUACUUCUCCAGAUGCAUCAGAGUGGGGAUCUAGUGGAAGAACUGAAGAAACUGGGAAUACGCUCAGCCCUGUUGGAUUCAGAGAAAGACCAUGGAAAAAAAUAAGAUAGCCUCUGUGACUUUAACAAAGACAGCUUUUGAUAACUUACCAGAAAAGCCUUAUAGAAUGUAGCUCAAAAAGGCAACUUUUUGAAAUGAUGAUGAGGUUU